CUGCCUUCCCACGUCACCUUGGAGCAACGAGGACAGAAGAUGGCGAGCUACUGGGCAUGCCUGCUGCUGCUGGUCGCCGUGGCAUCUGCGGUCCCCCUGCAGACCCCUCAGCAGAGCCCCCAGCAGACCCCCCAGAAAACCUCCCUGGAGACCCCGCAACCCCACGAGCAAGCCAUCACCCAGGCUAUCGAUUUCUACAACCAAGGGCCCACGGUGACCUAUGCCUUCCGCCUCCUGUUCGCAGCCCCUCCGCCCCAAGUGGCCCAGGACCAGGCAGCUAAUCCGCUUCAGCAGCUGAACUUCACCAUCAUGGAGACCACGUGCCUAGCGUCGGCCUACCCCGUAGUGGAGCAAUGCGCCUUCAAGGAGAACGGGCUGGUCAGAGACUGCUCCGGACACUUCUCCAACCAGGAAGCGUGCCCUGUUGUUGCCAUCACCUGUGACGUCGCCCCUCCUCGGGUGAGUUUUCCCACCAGGUAA